AUGGCGUUGAAAAUAAGCCUUGUACUAAUAAUACUUUUGCCUUACCUGGUUCUUGGUGAUCAUGAUCUAUCUAUAGAGAUCGAGGCUAUGAAAUUCUUCAAGGAUUCGAUCACGGAAGACCCAACUGAUGCACUUACGGAUUGGAAUUCCGGUUCCACCCAUCAUUGUAACUGGUUUGGGAUCGAAUGUGAUCAUUUCUCGAGACAUGUUGUUUCGAUUUCUUUACAUGGAAAGAAGCUCAAAGCUGAAGUCUCCCGAUUUCUCGGGAAACUUUCCAGCCUUAAGUUUCUUGACUUAAGCCAAAACUCUGGAAACCCGUCUCUUUGUAUUAAAAAAACCCAAUUAUGCACCUUGAGUAGAUCACUAAAGAGUUUAGCACUUGAAGAAAAAAGUCCACCAAAUCAUUCAUUUCAAAGAACUGCUGCAAUUUCCGGGGCAGUGUCAUGUAUUGCUGUUUUUAUCAUACUUACGUUUGCAUUUUUGAUUUGUCGCGUUGUUAGAAAAAAGAAAUUAAGAGAUCUAGAGAGUGCAAAACCAGAGCCCUACAUACCAAGGUUAGAUUACAAACGAUUUUAUAGGAAAGAGCUGGAAGAUGCUACUGACAAUUUCAGUGAAGGUAACGUUUUGGGUACAGGCGGAUUAAGCACCAUGUACAAAGGUAAGCUAGAAAAUGGGAGGAUGAUAGUAGUGAAGAACUUCAAGUUUAAGCAGCAUUCGACGGUAUCGGUUAAGAGCUUUCAAAGAGAAAUGGAAACAUUAGGCAAAUUGAGACAUAAAAAUCUAUUGAAAGUACUUGGAUAUGCAUGGGAGAGUGAGAGGAUAAAGGCCAUGGUUCUUGAAUACAUGGAAAAUGGUAAUUUGGAUACUUUUAUACAUGAAUCCACAUUUGACAGGUCAGGAUGGGGGCUGUCUAAGAGAGUAGAUAUUUUGGUUUCUGUUGCUUCGGGAUUGGCUUAUUUGCAUUCGGGAUAUGAUUUCCCGAUAAUUCAUUGUGAUUUAAAGCCAUCAAACAUACUUCUGGAUGAAAGAUGGAAUGCUCAUAUCAGUGAUUUCGGAAUGGCUCGAAUAAUCGUUGGAGUUCAUCAGCAGGAUGGAAGUUGUGUCUCUUCUGCAUCUGCAUUUGCAGGCAGCAUUGGUUAUUUGGCACCAGAGUUUUCUUAUAUGAGAAAGGUGACAACAAAAGUAGAUGUCUUUAGCUUCGGCAUAAUAAUGAUGGAAUCCAUCACAGGAAAGAGGCCGACAGAACUUACCCAACAGGCGGGAAUCAAUCUGACUCUGCCUCAACUAGUAGAACAGGCGCUUUCAGAUGGAAUUAACGGGCAACUUAUGAUUGUAGAUCCUAAUCUGGCUCCAGGUUUCCGAACAAAUCAAGUUGUUAUAGAACAGCUUCUUAAGUUGGCCUUAUCGUGCACUAAAAUAGAUCCAAAGCUACGACCUGAUAUGAAGGAAGUCAUGUAUUUCCUUUCAGACAUCACUAAAAAGAAAGUCUUGAACACUAAAGGUACAAAUUGGUACAUAUCAAACCAUCAAGUUUGAAUCCAAGAUUCUGGUGGCAUUUGCUUAAUUACUUUUUGAGAGUAUCAACUCCAUUUGAAAAUAUGAAUAUUUUACAACAGUAGAUAGACCUUUUUUUUUGUUUUCCUAGUUAUGAAAGUUACCAAGUUUGUAGUUCAACAGAAAUAAUAGAUGACAUGUAUGUUGUACAAAAGGUGAAUUUCCAAGAAGUGAUGCUUUCUUUCACAAAUGAAAAAAUUUUAGUAGUA